AUGCGCAAGCGCAAAUGUGUGUUCAAUUCAGGACCCCCAACCUUACCCUUGCAUUGUGUCAAAAUAACUGUACCAAUUCUUGUGAAUUUCAGCUAUUGCGGCAUGAAAGGCACUCAGAACAACUUCCUAAGUAGGCAGGAUUGUGAACGAACGUGUUACGUGCUUGAUAAUCCGUGUGCGCUCGGUCCGCCUCAGAUGGGCUUGGACAAUCGUCCAGUGACGUGCUCUAUUGGCAUGAACACUUGUGGAGCCGGCUAUUGGUGUCAUUUUGGAGCCAACCAGCAAACCACAGUUUGCUGCCCUGGACGAGGUAUGUUUUUCACUACGUUUCGAUUGCGGGGAUAUGUGGAAGUAUGUAUGUUUCGGGUGCCUGGGAUGCUGUUCGCAUGGGCGGGAAAUGUCCGGUGGGUGGGAUGA